CCCUCCAUUGCUCAAUCUGCCCACCUUUCGGCCGAACUUUCUCGGUGGCUGAAUCUGGAGCAGUGCUCUUCUUCGCUUCUACUCUGAUAUCUCAUCAUCAAAAUCCGGGCCGUUCGUUUCGUCGUAAUUCCUUCUUCAAUGACUUCGGAUCGCCGUGAAGCCCCCGGCCAAACGCCGGAUAAUGCCACUGCGGCCUCGCGCGCUCGAGAUUUCUUCUCUGUCCCUGCACCGGUCAAGCGCAUCUUCGACCGAUUCCCUCUCGUCAUCUAUCCCGCCAAUGAUCUUCCGCACUGCUCUUGGUCCAAUCAACAGGGAAACCGAUUGUUCGUUUUCACAGAUGCUGCCGGCGCCAGGCAUGGAAGGCCGUCUUUCAACCCUCAAUGCCUCAAGUGGCAGGCAUACUUGAGAUUUGCCGGAAUAGACUUUGACAUUAUCCCCUCCAGCAACCAUGCCUCUCCCACCGGCGCCCUUCCUUUCCUUCUCCCCUCUCUACCCAUCGGCAACACCGCGCCGAUCCCCUCCAAUAAACUCCAAAAAUGGGCCAUCGAGCAAGUCCACUGCGAAGAGGAACAACAGCUGAACAUGCGCUUCGAAGUUUACGCAUCGUUGCUAGACCACCGGAUACGAAACGCCUGGCUGUAUGCCCUAUAUAUCGACAGUGAGAACUUCGACGCGGUUGCGCGACGCCUCUAUGUGGACCCGAGCACCACGAAUCCCAUCGUCCGGGCGGCUUUGGCGGUGCAGCUCCAGCAGGCUGCGCGCGUGGAGCUCUUGAAGACAUCGUCAUUUAUCGACGCCGGCGCUCUGGAAGCCGAAGCGGGCGAGGCAUUCGAGGCUUUGUCGACGCUUCUUGGCGAUAGCCUGCACUUUUUCGACCGGCCCAACCCGGGCUUGUUUGACGCCAGCGUUUUCGCAUACACGCACUUGAUCCUGGACGAGAAGAUGGGCUGGAAGCGCGACCGGCUGGCGCAGCUGCUGCGACGCCAUGAGAACCUUGUACAACACCGUGAAAGACUAUUGAACUUCUUUUAG